GGGCGGGAGAGGCGGGACUUCCGGUCGGGGCGGCGGCGCUUCCGGCGCGGUCCUCGCAGGGGCGUGGCCGGCGGCGGCGGGAAGAUGGCGGCGGCGGGCCCCGGGGCGGAGGCGGCGGAGGCGGCGGGGGCGCUGCUGCUGGUGGUGGGCGGCGAGUGCGGCUGCCCGGGGCUGCGCGCCUUCGUGCUGGAGGAGCUGGAGCGAGGCCUGCGGAGCUGGGACCUGGACCCCGCCGUCUGCGACCUGGACGAGCAGCUGAAGGUGUUCGCGGCGCGGCACUCGGCCACCUUCUCCAGCCUCGUGAAGGGCCAGCGGAGCCUGCAUCACCGCGGAGACGUCCUGGACACCCUGGUGCUGCUGAACCCCUCGGACAAGUCUCUGUGCGACGAGCUCCGGAACCUGCUGCUGGACCCUGCCCCCCACAAGCUGCUGGUGCUGGCGGGGCCCUGCCUGGAGGACACCGGGGAGCUGCUGCUGCAGACGGGGGGCUUCUCGGCCAGCCACUUCCUGGGGCUGCUGGGGGACCGAGAGGUGAGCCCCCAACCAGAACCAGGCCGGGGGGCUGGGCACGGCCCCGACCCCCACGUUGAGCCUGGGCGGUGGGUGGGGAGAAGCCGCCGCCCUGAGAUCCGCGAGCCUCUGACCGCCGGCCCGGCCCCCGAGCGGCCCCCCGUGCUGACCGUCACCUGCCCGGCCGUGGGGCGCUGGUCUCGGCUGCUGGCGGCCGAGGCCCCGGGGCUGCUGGCGGGCCGGCUGCGGCUGCGCGUCAACCCCGCCGUCGUCGGGGGGCCCGGCCCCGGGUGCGAGGGCCUCCGCGAGUUCCUGGCGUCGCUGUCGGAGUCCCUGGAGCCCGCGCCGCCCCUGGAGCUGCUGGAGGCGCCGGCGGCCGCGGGCUUCCUGCGCCUGGUGCGGCCCUGCUGCUACGUCUUCCCGGGCGGGCUGGGCAGCGCCGCCGUGCUGGGCGUGCCGGGCUUCACGCUGCUCCUGGACGGCGGCUCGAACCCACGCGCCGCCUUCUGGAAGCUGCUGCGCCACCUGGACCGCGUGGACGCCGUGCUGGUGACGCGCGCGGGUGCUGACAGCCUACCGGGCCUCAACUGUCUGCUGCGGCGCAAGCUGGCCGAGCGCGCCCUGGACGGGGAGGCGCCCUCGUCCUCCGGGGCCCUGCGGGGCCGCCUGGUCUCGCCCGUGCUGGGGGUGGUCUUCCUCAACGCCCCGCGCGCCCCGGCCGCCGCCCCCCGCCUGCUGCGCGGUCCAGACGAGGGCGCCCUGGCUCUGGAGCUGCUCCGACGCCUGGGCCUCCGGCCGCUGCCCCUGAGCCGCGGGCCGCGGCCCGCGGAGCCCACCGUGCUCUUCCAGAAACUGGGCGUCGGUCGCCUGGACUUGUACGUGCUGCACCCUCCCACCGACGGCAUUGGCGGUGGCCUCGCCUCCUCCUCCAGGCAGUCCUCCAACAACAGCAACGACACCGCCUCCAGGCAGUCCUCCGGGUCUGCCUGCGCCCUGCUGGUGUGGCUGCCAGCGGCGCCCGGCGACAAGGUGGUGAGGGUGCUGUUUCCCGGGUGCACGCCUCCCGCCCGCCUGCUGGAAGGCCUGGCCCGCCUGCAGCAUCUCGCCUUUCUGCGGGAGCCCGUGGUCACCCCCCAGGACCUGGACGCCCCCCGGCGGGCUGACAGCCGAGAAAGCCUGGGCUCCCGGGCCUCGGGGAGGGCCCCCGUCGCCACCAAGGCCAAGGACAGGGAGCCCCGGGCGCCCCCCAGCAAGGCCAGUGCUCCCAAAGGGCAGCCCCCGCGGCGCCCCGCGGCCGCCCCCACCAAGAAGGCCGCCAGCAAGGAGGCGGCGGCCCCCAAGAGCCGCCCUGCGCCCCUGGAGAACGGGCCCCCCAGCCCUCCGGCCGCCCCCGCGCAAGACGGGGUGUCGGCCCAGCACGGCCUGGAGCUGCAGUGGGGCCCCGGCGCCCCCCGCCCACGCAGCCCCCCGGGCCCCGAGGCCUCGCCCACGCUGACCACCCCCUCGCUGCCGGCCGAGCUGGGGUCCCCCCACUCCACCGAAGUGGACGAGUCUUUGUCCGCCUCCUUCGAACAGGCGCCUGCGAAUGCCGCCGCCUCCGGGGAGCCCGCCGGGCUGAGCUUGCCCCUGCGGGGCGGCCCCCGGGCGCGGCGCUCGGCCUCCCCGCACGACGUGGACCUUUGCCUGGUGUCGCCCUGCGAGUUCGAGCACCGCAAGGCCGGCGCCCCGGCCGCCGCCUCCCCCGGCAGCUCUAACGACAGCGGCCGCUCCCAGGAGCGUGUGGGCGGCUCCCCGGGACCCGAGGAGACGCCCCCCACCUCCAUCAGCGAGUCGCUGCCCACGCUGUCCGACUCGGACCCGCCGCUCCCGCUCGCACCCGGGGCUGCUCCGGACUCGGACGAUGACGUGGCCGGUGAAGGCUUUGCGGGCCCCGCCCUGGACCCCCCGCCCGCACCGCUGGGCUUUCCGGCCCCGCUGCCCACGCCGCCCCGCAUCUGCAUGGUGGACCCCGAGCUGCUGCCCCCCGGCCCCGCCCGCCAACGCCGGGCCCCCGCGCGCGCCUCCUCCGGGCCCCCCAGGGCCGCCACCGCCGCCGCGGCCACUCGGACCCGGGGCCCCGCGGCCAGCAGGCCCCCCAGCGCCCGCGGCGACCCCGGGGACAAGCCCAGCCGCGCACCCCCGGCCAGGAAGCCCUCGGUCCCCAAGGCGGCCCCCCGAGGAGCCCCAGGCCCCGCGAGCAGCGGCCGGGCUGGGGUGUCCACCUGCCCCCCCUGCAGCCCCGUCUACCUGGACCUGGCCUACCUCCCGGGUGGCCCGGGCUCGGAGCUGGACCAGGAUUUCUUCUCCCGCGUGCGAGCGCUGUGCUACGUGCUGGGCGGCCAGGACCAGCGGCGCGGGGAGGGGCUGCGGGCCGUGCUGGACGCCUUGCUUGCCGCCAAGGAGGGCUGGGGCCGCGACGUGCAGGUGACCCUCAUCCCCACCUUCGACUCGCCGGCCAUGCAUGAGUGGUACGAGGCGUCGCACGCCCGGCUGCCGGCGCUGGGCCUGACGGUGCUGGGGAACGACAGCACGGUGACCAUGCAGGGCGAGGCCUUCCCGGCCUGCAAGGUGGAGUUCUAGCCUCCCACCCAAUAAACCCUCCUUCUC